UUUACUCGGAUAGUUCAUUAAACGGAUCCUAUAUUUCUGACAGUGAGCGACGACGUGCACGCGCUCGCGCGCCUCCGCGUAAUCCGCGUCCUCUUGCUUGUGCUCAAAGAAGCUCUCGCGCGCUGAAUUUACGCUGACCAAUAGACGUGCGAGGACCGGCUGCCCUCUCAUUAACAUUCAUAAGCUGUUGGACCAAUCGGCGUUUGGCUCGCUUUUAUAAGCGCGCACGUAUUAUGAAUAUGCGAAAAUAUGUAAAUUUCACGCCGUGGCAGUGGUGAAAGAGCUAGCCAGCGAGGUGUUUUGUUUUUCUUUGGUCCAGCAUCAUCAUUUCGGGCAGGUAUAACGGUCAGUUAAGACGCCGAGGUUGGUCACUGUCGUCUUAAUUGCCGUUUUUGUUCUCUUAUUUUCCUGACAAUUUUGCCCACAGUGUUGAAUUAUGCCCGGACAGACGGCGGUUACUCUCCCCGUUGCUCCUAGCAACAGCAAUCCGCAAAAGCCUUUGCCUUUAGUUUUGAAGAAAAUAAUGGACAUCCUUCCUCCUAAUAUACUCGAGGACGGAGAAGACGAGAUAGAGAAGGAGAAGCUGAGCUCCGUCGGCGAUGGGGAGUCUUGCGGAGACGGAGGCGGGGGCGGAGGAUCCGGGGGCGCGGGCGGAGUUUCUGCCUCGCUCACUCCCACAAUUUGGGACAAGACCAUUCCUUACGACGGCGAGAACUUCCACCUGGAGUACAUGGAUCUGGAUGAGUUCCUGCUGGAGAACCAAAUACCUGCAGCCCUGGAGGAGGAGCUGCACAAGAGCCUGGAGCAGGAGGCUCAGGGUUCCCCCGCCGUCCCAGAAGUCUCGGGGGCCGUCCCACAGGUGCCCGGGGAAACGGAGAAAGCUGCAGAAGUGAGGAAGAUAAAAGGGGAGGACGAGAGAUGUGAUGGUGGAAUAGCUGAGCUGCAGGUGAUGGCGCAUGCCACAGAGCCUAAAGCAAAGCCCGAGCGUGCCACUCCGUCUCCGGUCAACCCGGAGGACAUCGAGGUGAGCGUAAAUUUCCAGCCAGACCCGGCGGACCUGGUGCUGUCCAGCAUUCCGGGAGGAGAGCUGUUUAACCCACGUAAACACCGCUUCAGUGAGGACGAGCUCAAACCGCAGCCUAUGAUCAAGAAGGCCAAGAAGGUGUUUGUUCCAGAGGACUCCAAGGAUGAGAAGUACUGGGUGAGGAGGAAGAAGAACAACCAGGCAGCGAAGCGUUCCCGUGACGCGCGCCGCCUGAAGGAGAACCAGAUCGCCGUGCGCGCCAGUUUCCUGGAGCGGGAGAACGCAGCGCUGCGGCAGGAAGUGGCCGAGCUGAGGAAGAACUGCAGCCGCUGCAAGAAGAUCAUGGCUCUCUACGAGGCCAAGUACGGCCCUCUGUAAGGACAGAAGCUCAGCAGCACACACGGCAGGCUAACAUCAACACGAGCUGCAAACUGUCUGUCUCUAUACACACACAGGAAAUUCAGGAGGCGUGGCUGGGGUGGGGAUGCUGACAUAAAGAGCAGCUCACACACACACACACACAUACACACACACAUGUUGUUUUUAAUUCCAGAUAUUAAUUUUUACUGUAAACAAAUUUCGUGGCUGUGUAAUUUCAUCUGGAAACACUGGACCAAAGCAUGAAACACCCCCCACCCCACCCCACCCCAUCCAAAAGAUCUCUCUCAUUUUCAUUUUCACCUUCUGACUGAGCCGUGUCUCAGUAGCAGGAAGUGAUGUCAUCUCGCACGAACGCGUGAUCUUAAGACGCUCCUCAUAACCGAGCGAGCAAACCGAACAUAAAGCUCAGAUUAAGCUAGAUUGAUCUAGCAGAGGAGUCGCGACAGAGUUGAGCUUUUACACAGGAACUGGAAUCAGUUAUACAGGUAGCUAACACUAACGUUAUCCUUUAGCGGUGCUUCCUGUUCUUUUUCCUCACAUUUGGACCUCCUGCCUCUGAGGGCGAGGAUGUUUUGAAAUUCUUUCGUAUAGAGACACGAUUACAGUGUCAGAUUUUUUUUUCUUGCUAAUGAAGGCUUGAGCAGCAGCAUCAUCAUCAGCAGUAUGUUUUGUCAGUCGCCCCCUAGUGGACAAACAGAAAACUCUCUUUCUCUUUUUUUUUAGUGUAAUAUCUUUUAAUGUCCUUCGGUACGAUCAUCAACCAUGAGACGAUUCCAGUGCUGAUUUAGUCGACCGGAUUAAGAGCUUGAUCACACCGGUUUGUACUCGUUAAACCAAUUAAAGCUCACAGCCAAUGAGGAACACGUCAGAUUUAUUUAACAAACAAAUUUUAGAAAACCAUAAAACAUGGCUACGAUUCUCCGUUGCUGUUACAGACAUUUAUAGGAUUUUUAUUUAUUGUUUUUAGUUCCCAUCUUUGUCAUAAGAAAGCGGGUAUGAGAGGGAACAUUUGCAACAUUUUAGAGGAAAGUGUGUGUGUGUGUGAGAGAGAAGCGCAUGGUGAGAAACACAUUCUGUCCCACUUUCCCCUCUGGAGUGAUGCGCAUGCUCCAGCACGACCUGACGGUGGUGUGUGAGGAGCAGAUUGAUUUAUUUAUUCACUCAGUGUGUGUGUGUGUGUGUGUGUGUGUGUGUGUGUGUGUGUGUGUGUUAACUGACCUGCAACUUCUACACUUUUUCUCCUGAUCGAGUGUUUUGUAAGAUAAGAAAAGAGGGUUUUUUUUCCCCACACACGAAAAAUCUGUUUGUUUUCUGUUAUGAAGCAACACACACACACAGGCAGUGGUGUAUUAUCAGAGUAAGGCAGGGACUGUUAUUCUUCCUGAUGACUGCAGUCUUUUCCCUCUUUCUUUCUCUCUCUUUUUCUCUCUCUCUCCCUCCACAUCUUUACUGUUAAACAGCAUGGAGGUGAUUUUUACCAGAUGUUCUGCAUGAGAUCUUUGUAAAUACACCAGUCCUUGAAAUCCUCUUCUUCCACCUUGGCUGUAGUGAUAAAUAACCGUUUCUUUUUCUAAGUGAUGCCUAGUGUUCUGCGUUCUCGUUAGUGAUGUGAACACUGAUAUUUUAAUAAUCUAGCAGAUUUAAAUAAAAAAAAAAAAGGUCUAUAUUUUACAAUAUUCUAUAUGUGGUACAGAGUAUAAUCCAGUUGUUGUGCAGGGAUUUUUAAUCAUAAACUGUGAGCAGUGCAAUGGGCUUUUGUUCUCCCCAAAAACCAGGGCAAUACCACGGACACGUCUAAUCUACUGACCAGGAAGACCUGUGUUUUAAAGGAGAGGGUUACCAUGAGGCUCUCCAACAGGGGGCGCUGUGUGGAGACAGACACAGAACCAGUGGGUGUGAGAGAGAGAGAGAGAGAGAGAGAGAGAGAGAGAGAGAGAGAGAGAGAGAGAGAGAGAGA